AUGCCGCCAAACUCUCUUCCUGUGAACCACGUUCAUCCUUAUCAGUACAACCCAGAUCCAUUCAAUGUGGGCAAUAGAACGAUAUUCUUGGGUAAUUUGCACCCAUAUACUCAGAUUGAAGAGAUUGCUAAUAACGUUAGGGCAGGUGGUCUCGUGGAAAGCAUCAACUUCAUCAAAGCAAAGCGCAUGUGUUUCAUCACCUUUGUUGAUCCCGCUGUUGCUCUCAAAUUCUACCUUAAUCACCAAGUGUUACACCAAUUGAUCAUUCAUGGGAACGAUGUUAAAGUCAGUUGGGGCAAGAAUCAUUCUGGUCCCGUAAGCAGAGAUAUUUCUUUGGCUGUUACAGCUGGCGCUUCUCGUAACGUCUAUAUCGGUGUAAAGGGCGCAAAGAGCGGAUCUGAUGAACUGCUUCAGCUUCCUGAUGAGCAGACAUUGCGCCAAGAUUUCUCGAACUUUGGUGAUUUGGAGCAAAUUAACUUUUACCACAAUAAGGACUGCGGUUUCAUCAACUUCACGAAUAUAACAAAUGCGAUUCGUCUUGUCGAGUUGAUGGAAACGCACAAUGUUACCAAGAUCAAGGCAAUCGUUGGUGACAACGGGGAAUUCUAUGAGAAGUAUAAGAAUUUCAAGAUCAGUUUUGGUAAGGACAGAUGCGGUAAUCCACCAAAAUUCAGCUUCAAGAAAAAGAACACUAGCUUCGAGUAUUUCAACCCAAGUGAAUUUGAUCUUUCAAGAACAGAGAAUGGGCAUGAGAGGGAAUCACGCGAAGGAAGUCCAUUGACACUGAAAGAGAAACCGUCGGUUGAAGACGACUCAUUGAUCACAGAGGAGGCAGCAAUGGUUUUUGGUAUUAGUACAUCUCCUCCAAGAAAGUCUGCAGCAUCUGUGGAUUCUGAUGACGAACCCGAAGGUCUCGCCAAAGACGUUGUGGCAUCCCAGCCAGAGCCUGCAGCAAGCAACGGCGUAAAUGGAGGCUUAAAGUCUGAGACAAAGCCUGAUGGCGCCAGCGAAAAAGACAACAAUGGUGUGGCGGAUGCAAAUGAAGAAGACGAUGACGAAGAUGACGAUGACAUAUCGAUCAUUAUCGGAUCGGAUGUGACGACAUCUUCUAACAAAAACAUCACGCCUCCCAAGCAAAGGCGCUUUAGCAAAUCAGGCUAUCGCGACCAUAGUGAUGCUUACUCGCAGCAGCAUUGGUAUGCAUCAAAAAACUCUUCGACCUUGUCCCUCAAUUCCAGCCACAGAAAUUACCUGGGCUACCACCCUCCAGCAUUCAGCCCCAUGCCUCAGCCAAUGUAUAUGGGCCCUUAUCAUCCACCGUCCAUUCCAGGCUCUUCAAGGUCGAACAGCUUUUAUGGUGGCUCCAUGAAUGGCUCGAUGCCGCAACUUGUCCAUCACAAUUCGUACUCUGGAAGUACGAUGCCUUCGGCCAAUCGCAGCCAUUCCUCAUUCUCGGGCUCCCAAGUUAUGGCUCAGUACUUGGCGAAGUCGCAACAUGACAAUUUUAUUUAUGCAACAAGCAUCUUAGCUAAUGAUGUUACACCUGAAGAAAUGAGAGAGUACCUGUCGAAGCGGACACAAAAAAAGGGUGCUCGCAAAAAUGAAACUGAGAACAAAAACAUUGACAAUUAG